AUGCAAAAUCAGUCGGUCCUAUUUUUGACAUUGGGCGGCCGAGAGCUGUAUUCCUUGGUGAAGACCCUAUCGUUCCCGAAUGUUCCUGCUGAAUUACCGUUCGAGAAGUUGAAAUCCCUAUUACUGGAUCAUAUUUUCGCAGUGGAUUUGCAUGCCACUGAACGGGCCAAAUUCAACUCAAUGAUCAGAGCUGCCAACAUGCCGUGCCCUCACAGCCCAACUACUCUGGGUCUUCGAGCAAUGCGGCGAUUACAAGGAUCCAUCACACUACAUACCAACAACGAUAUGCCAAUCACCUCACAUCUUCAAAAUUUAAUUGUACAGUGUUCCGGUAACGUUGGUGGCAUAAAAGUACCGUCAGUGAAGUUGGAAGUGGACGGUAAACCUAUUUCUCUAAAACGACGCGUCCUCUCAUACGGUCAACGGGAAGGUGUCCUGAAAGCAUUACAGAACAUGGAGCAGGAUGAUGUGAUAAGUAAAGUUGAAUCCAGCCCCUGGGCUACCCCGAUCGUCGUGGCGAUGAAAAGUGAUGGUAGGACACCANCCUGA